GGAGUGUUUGAAAGACUUUUAUUAUGUAAAUAUCAGCCGGGACUGUGAAGAAAAGCUUUGGCAAGUCAACUUACAAAUGUUAUUGGUAAAUGUGAGAGGCGCUGCGUGAUUUUUCUUCCUACAAUAAAACUGUGAUGUGACCGAAGUAACUGUAACUGCCCAGAACUGACGUUCGCCGUCAAAAUUAAGGGCGCAAAAUCAAUUUACUGGAGAACCUCCAUCCACAUGCAUAACAAACAAUGGACUCUAAUGGUGCAGCAUGAGAUGAGAUGAAGUCUGUCUUUUACGCAGUGAAAUCCGAGCAGAGCCAGAAUCAGAUAAAUGAACUCCAGUGAAGCAUCAGCUCAGCCUCAUGUCGUUUCUGGACUGCACCUGUAUCUCCUCCCACUCACAAGUCCAGCCCAUCAGCAUAGAGGAGCAGUAUGAAGACAUCAGCCAUCAGUGCUCGAGCAGUGAUGUCUCUCCGUGUUCUGUGUUGACGGAUGAAGAUGACAUCACAGAUCUUUCCACUGACCCCGCCCACUAUCAGCUGCUCUCACAACUGGGCCGGGGCUUUAAUAACCUCAGUCAGGUGAGCAUGGCUCGACACACACCGUCUGGCCGGCUGGUGGCGGUGAAAAACACUAACCUGGAUGAGUGUACAGAAGAUGAGCUGCUGCAGCUGAUGAACGAGGUUCUGCGGUCCAGACUGUUCCGUCACCCAAACCUGCUGAUGUCCAGACUGGUGUUCAGCUCGUGCUGUCAGCUCUGGGUGCUGUCUCCUCUCAUGAGUUACGGUUCUGCAGACUCUCUGCUCAGGUCGUAUUUUCCGGACGGAAUGAGCGAGUCUCUGAUAGCGUACCUGCUGUACGGGGUGCUCCGAGCGCUGGAGUACCUGCAUCACAUGGGUUACGUGCACAGGGGUGUGAAGGCGAGUCAUGUGCUGCUGUCAGCUGAAGGCCGUGUGUGUUUGUCGGGGCUGCAGAGUGUGUACAGUCUGAUGAAGGAUGGCAAGAGGAUGAGAGCCGUGUUUGACAUGCCUCAACACAGUCCGUCUCUGCUGCCCUGGCUGAGUCCGGAGCUGCUGCGACAGGAUCUUCACGGCUAUGGAGUGAAGUCAGACAUCUACAGUCUGGGAAUCGUGGUGUGUGAGCUGGUCAGUGGCAGAGUGCCAUUCCAGGACAUGCCGCCCACUCUGAUGCUGCUUCAGAAGCUGCGGGGUUCUCACUGUUGUCUCCUCGACGUCCCUCCUUACCCGCUCGGAGACAUGGGUGCGCUCAAGGUGUCCCGCUCUGGUGUGGAUUCGGGGAUCGGCGAGAGUGUUGUGACCGGAAGUCUGACCCGUACUGCCACAGCGGAGAGACCUCAAAGCCCCGCCCCCAAAAACCACUCGGCCACACUGCACAACCUGGUCCAACUGUGCCUGCAUCAGCAGCCUGAGCGCAGGCCAUCUGCGACAGCUCUCCUCACUCAUCCCUUCUUCAGACAGGUGAAGAAACACACAAGGGACUCUUUCAUCAGUUUGAUGUAUCCGGCCGUGCCAGUGUCCUGUCCUCCAGACACGCCUCCGUCCGAAACGCCCACCCAGAUCUGCAACACCCCGUCACCCACCGACCCCGAGCCCGAGGACGGCAUGUGGGACUUCUCCUAAACCUCGCCGCCUGUUUCUGUCUGCAUCUCAUCUGUUUCUUGUCCAUUUCUCACCCAUUUCUCCAUAAGUAUAUUCCGUAUUAAUCCGUCCUAACCAGCUGCUAGAUUUAGUCAUUUUGCUGUUCACUUGGCUUGUAUUUGUCACCUCAUACUACAGUAGCCCCAACCACAGUGAAAUCUCACUAAAUCCCAUCUCUAUAUGGACCAAAGUGUUGAUGACAUCAUCUUGCACUCAUGGGCAUAUCUACAUUUUUAGCCAAUCAAAUGCUCUCUAGAACGAGCACAUACCAGCUGCCUAGACUUUUCCUGACUAGCAAGAGCAAGUAAAAACUCGUAGUUUAAUGGCUGUGACUUAAACUAAAAGCCUAUUAGCUUGGGCUGCACGAUUCAUCAAAAUAAAACAGAAUUUGUGAUACAGUCUGUUUAUUAAAUCUCAGACUGCUUUUAAUUUAUUA